AUGAAUUUCUUUUUGAUCUUUUUUUUUUUCGGACUUUCCCUCCCAGGGAUUAGCGAAAAUUUCAGCAGUUUAAUAGGUCUCCCUGAAGCUGUUAUUUUAUCAAGUCGCAAUGAAGACAGUAACACAAGCACUGAAGGUGAUAAUGGGAACAUUAACAAUGAUAGUGCAAAGUUUGAUAAUACUGAGGAAUGUGAUAUAGCUCUACUAGAAUUGACAACUGAGAAAAUUUUGAAUUUUUCUGCUGAAAGCUAUGAAAUAUUAAGGGAGAGUUUGCAGAGCCUUCAAGGCUACCUUAAAAAGCUUUCAAGUGAAACAUCUGAAGAAGAAAAAGACCUCCCUGAAAUACAUGACUGUAAUGUUUUGGGAACAAAUGAACCUCCUGUCCUCACACAUCCAGAUAUACUUAAUGAAGGUAAUGAUUUGGGAACAAAUGAACCCCCUGUCAUCACACAUCCAAAUAUACUUAAUGAAGAGUCAAAGGAACUGCCAAGGCAACCAGAAAGUAAGGAAACAGAAAGGAAUGAGAAAGCAUUUAAUGAUAAAAAUGAGUUCCCAACUUCAGUCUCUGACAUCCCUGGUGGGACUGCUACCCAACCACUACAUAGAGAAGAUGUAAAGAUAAAAUUAAUGCUGGGUAUAUCAUUGUUGACCCUCAUCCUUUUCUUAAUCUUCAUGUGUAUUAGUUGUUUCACUUUCUCCCAAGUACAGAAGAAGAGGGUCUUUAGCAUCAGAGAAACGAGGUCACUAUGGAGAAGAGCAGACUUUGAAUAUGGAUUUAAAAAAAAAAUUUCCAUCAAACCUGAACUGGCAGUGAUGUCUUAUUUUCGACCAGCAGAAGGUGUAUCAGAAACUUCCUUUUCUAAAAGUGCAGCUAGUAGUACAUUUUGGGGACCUGCAUCUUUAGACUUUAAAAGAGGAUCUAUGAAAUCAAUGAACAUGUCAGAGGUGGCAGCUACAGUACCAUUUCUACACGAAAUGGAUGCGGAGUGCAUGAAACUAGAGUUCGACAAUGAACCAACCAGUGUUGAGGCACACAGUAUGGAGAUACCCAGUGAAGAGUUACCCAGUGCAAAGGCUGAAGAUAGCUGA